AUGCUUUUAACACUCUCGUUGAUUUCAUCUUUGCUAUUCUUUGCUUCGGCGAAGGAGGUGGGAGGUGCUGGCAACUUGACCGUCGCAUUCUUUACAAACGACCAGGAAGAGUCCUGCCAGGCCAAAGAUACCUCAAAAGGCAUAAUCCUCACGACAUCCAGCAUCCCAACAGAGCUUACCUGCUUCAACCUCACGGAUAUCUUUUCGCAAUCCAACGAUGCCGGAUUCCAAGAAGCCCUGGAACCCCUCGAGGACAGGUCGUCUGGUGUCAAUUGGCUCCUACAAAAUCGCGACGACUUUGACUCCAAGGCGAAUUACUCCCAAAUUCUGUAUGAGCUGCUGAACAAGACUACCGAAGACGAAAGUGGCAAGGUCUCAGCCUGGUCAUUAUACGUCUACGCCUUCUCAAAUUGUCAGCAGAUUGUCGAUGGUGACAACAUCGACGCAGAUGACUUUCCUUGGUUCGAGAGCACCUGUCAGACUGAGAAGGGCGGUGAAUGUCAGGGUGUCCCGUAUCCGAUCAAGAGCUUUGCCAUUGUUUCGACAAACAAGGAAGGGGAAUGCGAGGCGUGGGCGAAGCAGGGUUCUGCUGCCAGGGUCGGUGGUAGGGUUUUGCCGCUUGUUUCUACUUUGGUCACGGUGGCAGCUCUUUUCCUUGUCUUGUAG